UUGUUUGGUUCCCAUCCUUGUCUACCGGCUCUGUCUCAGACCAUCCGAUGCACUGCAGUAGCUUGUUCUGCAUUAGAGGAUGAAAUUGGUUUUUUCGACCAUGAAAAUUCUCGUCAGUUUAAAUUCAUGCUGGGUUGCUAAAAGAAACAUCAAACCGCUUUAUAUCAGCUUAUGUAUAUUCAGCAUCAUAACCCUGUGCUAUUAUGGAUACAUGAAGCACGCAAGUAACAAUUACACUUGUGGGAGUGAUUUUGGAUAUCCACACCUGAAAUUUGAAAACUUAGAAAGUAUUUCUUUACAACCCGUAAACAAACAUCCAUAUUCAUAUAUACACCUUGCUGAAUCAAUCUGUAAAGGGAUCCCGGAAAUAUAUCUUCUGACUGUUGUCAAAUCUGCAACUAAAAACUUCCAGAAACGUCAUGGCAUUCGGCAUUCCUGGGGUCACGAUAGUAACAGCGGGAACCGCAAGAUGAUCUUUAUCAUGGCAUUCAGUGUAGGAACUCAAAAGCAGGUUGACGCCGAAGCCAACUUGUACAAAGACAUUGUUCAAGAAAACUUCAAGGACGGUUACUGGAGCAACACGUUAAAAAUGGAGAUGGCAUUUAAUUGGAUAACAAAAUUUUGUAGAAAUGCCAGAUAUAUUGUUUUUGUAGACGAUGACAUGUAUGUGAAUUUCCCAAAUACUUUGAAUUAUUUACGUUCGGUUGAUGAGAAAAAAAUUGAUAACCUUUACAGUGGGCUUGUCGUAGAUGAACCAUUCCCAACGCGAGAUUACUUCAACAAACACUACGUGUCAAGACAGGCCUAUCCGCUUGACUGUUUUCCACCAUACAUUCCUUCAGGGACUGUUUUCUUUAGCAAAGCAGCCGUUCAAAAACUCCAAAAAGCCAUGCCAUACAUUCCAAGGUUUCAUGAGGAUGAUGUUUACCUCGCUAUGGUUGCACAGAAGGUUGGAGUAACUCCGUCAAAGAUCAAUUUUCUCAUUAGACUAAAGGACAGUAGAACGGAUCUCAAGUUCAUACCGUGUUUGAUUUCUGACCAUGGGUAUUCCACAAUAGAGAGUUUUCAGUCGGCCUAUAGUGUGACUCAUUCCAAAAAUUUAACUGUAGACCUUAUAAUGGAUGUAUGUACGCAAGGUGAUACAAGCAGAGAUUUGUGAAACUGUGCCAUGUUAAUUUACGACUUCAAAUAUAAAAGUGCCAUGUAGCAUUGAAUUGAAUGACAAGUAUUGGGGUAUUCCACAAUAGAGAGUUUUCAGUCGGCCUAUAGUGUGACUCAUUCCAAAAAUUUAACUGUAGACCUAAUAAUGGAUGUAUGUACGCAAGGAGAUACAAGCAAAGAUUUGUGAAACUGCGUCAUGAUAUUUUACGACUUCGAAUACAAAAGAUUGAAUUGAAUGACGCGUAUUGAGGAACAUCUAAUCAGAAGACUUCCAAAAAUCGUGAUGGAAAUGAAACUACUUGUGAAAAGUACAUUCAAACAAAAUGAUCUCAAAUCUGUUGAACAUUUAAAAUCAACCCACUGAGUUCUCAGAGAGUGUCAUUUUUAUUUUAAUAUUUUGCUGGUGUGCCAUAACUUUAGGUGAAUGACAGUUUUGGAUGGCUAACAAAACUGAAGAAUUUUGAAAAUUAAGAUGAAGUAGAAAUACAUUUAUUUAUAUUUAUAUACAUUUCCGAACUAUGUGAAUAUAUUGUACGUUUUUUAUCUAUCUAAUGAAAUCUUAUACAUUG